CCCCUUCUCUGUUUUCACACACAACACACAGUAGAGAGAGAAAGAAAGAAAGAGAAAAAUUAGAUUAUCUCAAUCUCAUCUCAUUCCUCUCUGUAUCUGUGGCGUUGUUUCUUUCUCUGUACAUAUGUUUGCUUCUUAGGCCAUUGCUUUUUCUUCAUUGCCCCUCCCCCCUCUUUAUAAUCGUUUCUCAUCUGCUGAUAAUUGGUAUCAUUUUUCAUUUUGAUUUUUUUGUUUUUGGGGUUCCUUCUCCUCGUGCUCCUCCGGCUUUUUUUUUUUUUUUUUCCUUUUGAUCUUUGGAUUUGGCCAUGCGGCGAGGCAGAGCACCGGUGAGGCAAGCGGAGGUGGUUCACGGCGGGGAGGCAAACGGAUCUGGAGGUUCUAAGGAGAUCAGAUUCCGGGGCGUGAGGAAGAGGCCAUGGGGAAGAUUUGCUGCCGAGAUCAGAGACCCUUGGAAGAAGACGCGUGUUUGGCUCGGCACCUUCGACUCGGCUGAGGAAGCUGCACGGGCGUAUGACAGCGCCGCUCGCUCUCUCCGUGGCCCUAAGGCGAAGACGAACUUCCCUUUGCCCCCAAACGGCACUGUUUUUCCCGAUUUCAACCCACAAAACCCUAAUCAACCACAAAUCAUCAAUAACCCUAACGACCCAUUUAUGGACUCCCGGUUUUACUCCGAGGAGCACCAAAUAAUUGCGCAGCAAAGGCCGACCUCCAGCGGUAUGAGCAGCACCGUCGAGUCUUUUAGUGGGCCCAGGCAGCCGCCGCCGCCGCCGAGACCGCUGCUCAUGCAGCAGCAGAGGAGGCAUCCGCGGUCUCCCCCAGUUGUUCCAGAUGAUUGUCACAGCGACUGUGAUUCCUCCUCAUCCGUGGUUGAUGAUGCCGAGUGUGACAUAGCCUCCUCCUCUUGUAAAAAGCCCCUGCCUUUUGAUCUUAACAUGCCGCCGCCGCCGGUGGAUGCCGCCGCUGACGCGGAUGCUGAUGUGGACGAGCUGGCUUGCACGGCGCUCCGGCUCUGAAGUGUUUUAGAUGACGAUCCCAUCAUUUGGAAAAAACUCAUUUGGUUAAAUUACCAAACUUCUUUUUUUUUUAACCUUUUUUUCUUUUUAUUUGCGGAGAAAGCCAGGAAAAAAAAAAAACAGGAAUGAAACAGAGCGAGAAGACUGCUCAUAGACAGGGGUGAAUGGACUAAGACGUUAUAGAAACUUUAGAGUCUGUGUUCUAUGAGUGUCUGUUGUUUGAAGAGAAUUUACUUGUUUUAAAUUUAUAAACCUUAAUGUUAUUGAUAAUAGAGGUUAUUCUGAUGCAGA